AUGAGUGCUGACUGUUCUGUAGGAAGUAAUCCUUUGUCGGGUUUGAGCAAGCAUGCUCAACAAGACAGAAGCUUACAUCAUGGAGGUAACUUUGGACAAAAUCAGAGCUCUAAUAAGCAGUUCAAGUUGAACGAAAAUAAGAUCAGUGAUGCCAAUAAGAUGCGUAUGGAAGCCUUCAUGGGUAAUGACCGUGUGGAAAACCAUAUGAUGAUGGGUAAUGGGCGUGCUAUGCUGCCACCGACACUCCCUGAUCUUCAGCGCCAUCAGCAGCCCCAACAAGUCCGGCAACAUCAAUACCCAUCGAACGAUUGGAGCCAGCAGUUCAAUCGUGGAUCCCCGGAAAUUAGUAGUGUGAGCCAACAUUCAAAUGUAAGUGCUCACUCGCCUCAGAUAGUUUCAGCGAUCCCACAGGAAGGAGGUCAAAUGAUGCGGUCGCGAACAACUAUGUCUCGGUUCGGACCAGGGUCAACAUCUGCAAUGUUUUCACCAGGGGUUCAAAACCAAGCGCUGAACCGCCAGCAAUUUUCAUCGCCUCAAAACCUGAGUGAGAGCAUUAAUCAAGAGUCGUGGGAUGAACAGUUCAAGGAAUUGGAGAAGGAAGUUGCCGAGAAAUUAGCGCUUCAUGAAGAGGUGGUAGCUCAACAAGAAAGUGAAACAGUUAAUGCAGAGCAGACGGUUGCAGAUGAUCAAUACCAAGCCGAAUUUCAGGAAGUAUGGGACAAUCUACAUGAGGAAGCUGUGGACAACAACACACAAGAUGACUGGCAAAGAGACUACCAGCAGUACACAUCUGGGCGCCCUUUAGAGAGCAUACCAUACAAGUUCGAAUCUGAAAAUCAGUAUCUUCACAACUCCAAUGCAUACGAAAUUGGGUGUAUAUUGAUGGAAAAUGGGGCGAAAUUAAGCGAAGCUGCUCUAGCCUUCGAAGCAGCAGUACAGGAGAAUCCCAAGCAUGUGGACGCGUGGCUUAAAUUGGGAAUGGUUCAUACCCAAAACGAAAUGGAGUAUAGUGGUAUCAGCGCAUUGGAGGAGUGUCUAGGGCUUGAUCCUCAUAAUCUGGAUGGAAUGGUAACAUUGGCAAUCAGCUACAUCAACGAGGGCUACGAUGUGAGUGCUUUCAAGAUGCUUAAUAGGUGGCUAGAAACCAAGUAUCCAAAUUUGGUCUCUCCUAAUGAAGCUUUGGACUCCAGCAUUGACCGCUACAGCAUGAGUCAAGCGAUAACGCUUCGGUUUUUGCAAGUGGUCAACAAGCUUCCAGAGGUUGACGCUAGCCUUCAGCUAGGCCUCGGAAUUCUUUUUUACUCCAACGAUGAUUACGACAAGACAGUCGAUUGUUUUAAAGCUGCGCUAGCAGUCAGCCCAAACGACGAAUUGAUGUGGAAUCGCUUAGGCGCAUCGCUGGCCAACUCAAACCGGUCUGAGGAAGCAGUUCAGGCUUAUCGGAAGGCGCUUCAGUUGAAACCCACAUUUGUAAGAGCCCGUUGCAAUCUGGCCGUGUCGUGCAUGAACAUGGGUUGCUACAAGGAGGCGGCUGAAUACUUGCUUACUGCGUUAUCGAUGCACGAGGUGGAAGGCUUGUUGCCAUCAGAAACAAAUGCUAGUCAAAACCUGCUGGAGACAUUGAAAAGAGCUUUCAUAGGCAUGGAAAGGCGCGAUUUAUUAGAAGAAGUCCGUCCUAACAUGAAUUUAAGCUCAUUCCGGAAGGAGUUUACCUUUUGA